UAAUAAAUUAUAAUAUUGUAAUUGCGGAUGUUGUAGCUAAACGCGUAGCAUCGUAGCGUUGUAGCCGGCUAGGGCGGGCGGGCGCGUGCGUGCGUCAGUGCUUGGCCGGCGAGCGCCGUGAGUCGCCGCCCUCCGCGUCGCCGGCAUGCGUCGAUCUUCACGCGUUCAUUCACCAAAUCUACACCACGCGCCUCUCAGGUGCCGGCGGCGGCAUGCUGGGCGCUAGGCUCAAGUCAUGGAUGGAAGCGCAGCUGGGUCGUGCCAAGAAGCGUAAACAGAAACAGGCGAGGCAGACAUCACCACCUACUACGGGGCCUAUUGCCCCUCCUCACUUGUCGUCUCCCGAGAGCGCGUACAGCACCGGCUAUUCCACUGAUGGCACGUCACCUGGCGCUCCGCCCACAUCGCUCGCCGCUCCGCUCGUUGCUCCCCCGCCGCCACCCACGCCACCCACCACUCAUCUAUACCAUGAACCCGCUAAGCGCCGCUCCAGCACAACGGGGCGUUAUUUCCCCCCAGAAGGGCUGGUGUCCCCCCCAGUAUGCGCGACACCGUCACCACGCCCCCGGUGCCGAAUCCGCACUAACCCGUGGAUGGGUGCUACAUCUCCAAGAAAGAAACCACCACAUCUCUUGCACCAGCAGUCGUUGCAGAUACCCCAACAACCGAUGCUACACCAUGCGCCUUAUUCCCUAGACUCGCAUAUAAAAUAUGGACCAAGGUCACCGCAUCUAUCGCCGCACAUAUCCCCACAUCUAUCUCCACACAUGUCUCCCCACUAUUCCCCCCAUUUAUCCCCAGAGCCUUACCGCCAGCCGUACUACCGUGGGGCUUCCAGCGACGAGGAGUUCCGUGGUCUAAAACCACGUGGCCAAGAGACUGCAAUCCUGUCAGAUGCAGAUGUGGAUUCGGAUGGUGAUACUGGAUUGGAUGGUGGGGACGAAGAUGAAGCGGACAGCACCGCCUCACCGAGCAGACGAAGAGCGAGACGACGGAGACCGCCCAGGCGGCCGCCGCGAUCAGUCGGCGCGACUCCUCCCCGUAUGCGUCGUCGUCACGCACCCUCCGCUCCGCCCAUCCGCGAGAGAGACCCUCUCCUGGAAGCGGACAGGGAAGCGGAGAGGAAGUACCGGGAACUCAUCCGGGAAGCGGAGAAACUCCUCGUGACCGUCUCCCGGGCCCCCAUUGAACCCCCGCAUAAUCCGAGAAUUGUCGAACUUAGAGCCACCGAGGUGGAUUGUCCCCGGCGUAGUCCAGAGCGCACUCACAUCACAAACUUCAUCCGGGCCAACUCCCCAGAAGCCCCUCGCCGCUCGUCCCCCGCACCUCGCCGAUCUCCCCUUGCAGCCCCACCGCCCCGCGUCCCUCACCCGCCAUCGCCCACCGACCGGCCGCACUCCGAGCCGCCCAAGAGGAAGAUGUACGCCAGGGAAGAGGUAUUACAAACCUUAGAGGGCCUUCGGAAGAGUCUUCAACAACAGUCCGCUCUGUUGGCGGUACAAAGAACACGGCUAGACUCCCUAUAGUCAUUGUUAUUCCUUGCCAAAUUAGAUUAAAUUUUGUUUACAUAAUAUAAAUCCACGUAGUUGCGUCACUUGCAUUUAGUGCGAAUAUUUCAAGGUAUCAGUAGGUAAACGUUUCUGUCUUUAUUGUUGGAAAUCGUGAAUGUUUGACAAAUUCAUAUUUUAUGUACAUUAUAUAAUUUUUUUACACCUUCUCCUUUGGGCUUAUAAAAAAUGGUUAAAACAAAACAAAAGAGCGUCGACGAGAUUAAACCGUGGUAAAUAUUAACUAUGUAACUUAUUUAUUUUUGUUCUGUUGCCUACAACGAGCUUAGAGUACGCCAAGAAUAACGCUUGCGAUGUACUUAAUAAGAUCGUUACAUGGCAAGAACAACAAGUCGGCAUUACUACAGUGCCUUAGCUUCAAUGUGCCUGAUGGGUAUGGCAAAAGGCGACAUCGUCUGCCGUUACUUCAUGUGCCCACAACUAGGACUAACCCUCUUAAAUGGCACAUAUAAUUCCUGUAUCCUCUAUUACAGUGCUACAUAUAUACCUUUUUUUAUUGUCAGUUGAGUAAACAGACAAUAGUUCUACUAUAUUUUAUCAGUGCCUAUAGAAAUUUCUUAAUUUUUUCUUUAUCUUUCGCCUGCUCUUAGUAAUUAAGUUUGUUUUUAUUUCGGGUGUAUUUCUUAUUGCGUAUGCAUUCUUGUUGAUUUAAGUUCACCAGUUAGAAAAAAUGUUUUUACGUCUCAUUAGACAUGUUUGUUAAAAUGUUCUUACAGUAGGACGUUAAUAUAUUAUAAUUGUGUGUACGAUAAAGUUCAAAUUAGGAAAUUAUUCUCCAUUAUAUGAGUUAAAUAAUUUUAGUACUAACUUUUUCAUAAAAUAUUUGCGUUGCUUUUGUUAGACUUUGUUGUUGGCUUUGCCUUUGGCCAUCCACAGAGUGAGAUUCUCUUUUAAGUUUGUUAAUAUUUGCUACAAAGUUAUAAGUUGCAUGUUGCAUUCAAUUUAUACAAAUGUGGGACAUACGAAUAAUAAUUUAUUGUGAUUUCAAUAACAUUCCGUCGUUAAGAAUAAAUUAAACAAUAUACGUAUAUAUUUAACUGUCAAUAACUUUUCUAAAAAAUAACGACAUAGAUAAUAAUCUCUAGUCUAUGGGGGCACAGAUUAGGUUUCGCUAUUAAAAUAUAAUUAAAAAAACAAAAAAGUUUGGAAAACAUUUGAAUAUUGGUCCUUGUGUUCUUGCUCUGCUAUAAAAAUGUGAAAAUCAAUCAAAUCAAAAUAACUUUAUUUAGGCUAACAAGUACACUUAUGAACGUCAAA